CAUAAUAUUAGUCUGGUCUGAUAACGCGGGUAAUGUGUAAUUGAAUUUCUUGUAAAUUCGCAAAAAUAAUAUAAUUAUUGUUACAUUUUAAAAAUUUUUUUUUAUUUAUUUGUUUUUAUUUUGAUUUGUUCCAUUUAAUAGUAUUGAAUAUUUUUUUAUUGUUUUAUGCUAAAUCCGUUGUUACAAUUACCAGUAGUUUUUCAUAAUUAACUAGUCACUAACUUUGUAAUACACACAAAUUCUGCUUUUAAGUUUAAUUAUAUUUUCUUAGUCAAUAUGGAGUGUAGUUUAGCCUCAACAUAUACCAGUAGCACCGCAAAACCUUCUAGUGCUGUAUCAGGUAAUAGAAGUCCGGCAAAGUCUGGCUUACAUGUCAAUUUUACUGAAAAAGUAGAAGUAAAAGAAAAAAGAGAAAAAUUUCUAACAGCCAAGUAUGGUGCCCAUCAAAUGAGCUUAAUAAGAAAACGUUUAGCUGUCGAAAUGUGGCUGUUAGAAGAAUUGCAAAAACUCUAUAAUUUACCUAAAAGAGACCCAGCAGUCGAAGGAAUAGAGUGUGAAGUGGAAGUUGAUAUAGACGAUCUAUUAGAUAUGGAUGACGAUCGUCAGCGUACACAAUUUCUUCAAAAACUCUUGUCAUCAGCCAAAUCUAAGGAAAAUAUCAAAGAAUUCAUUGAGAGAUUACUUGAAAAGAUUAAAACAUUAUAGAUGAUAACAGGCGGAAUACAACUACAAUUAUUCAUCCGCCGCGUUAGCUCUUAACUGCCAAGCAAGAAAUGUCAAACCUUGCCAAUUAAAUAGCAUUGCAUGCAUUUUGGAGAACAUAUUUUUACUAGAAAAUUAUAAUAAAAAGUACCGUCCAGAUUUAAAAUAAGUAGGUUUGAAUAUUGCAUCCUAAUGAGAAGUGACAUAAAAUAAUAUCUUUAUUAUAUGUAUGUUCUUUAUUCAAACCAAACUGUUAGUGUUUUUUAUUCAAUCGGUUAAAAGAAAUUUGUUGUAUUAUUUUUCAUAAUGUUUCAACAUUACUAUUGAUGUAUGUACAUGGUUGUAUGUGGUAGGGGCUUUUUAGAUUAAGUUCUGGACAUUUUCAUCUGUUUCGGUAAAAUGUUAAUUAUCCACUUACAUAAAUAUUAUUCAGCUACAAUAUCCAGUGAAUACAUAUAUUUAGUAAUAACAAGUUUGGUUUAUAUAAAAUUAUAUUGUAUAUACAAGUAUACUAAUGGUUAAGUACCUACUUGUUUUUCAAGUAUAUAUGUUUUUAACUUAAAUUAAUGAUAUGCAUUCACAUUCUCAGUUCUUAAGACUGAUCUUUUUAUUGCAAACAAAAAAUGUAAUAUUUAUUUAUUAAUUAAAAGUAUACUAUCAAUUAAAAUGCACAUUUUUACUUAAUAGCGUAGAAACAGUAAAAGUAAAGAAAUAAUUUAUUUUAGUUGAAAAAUAUAUUUAUAAUAAUUCAGUUCAAAAGUAUUUUAUAUUCUUAUAAAUAUUUGUUGUUUCAUUUUUCUAUAUAGUUUAUUUUUCUUUUAUCUAUAUGGAAAAUGAUAACUUCAGCAAAGCCCAACUGUAAAAUUAAUAUUAUGCAUAAAUUAUGAACUAUUAUGCUUAAAUAAUAUAAUUUUAAACUAAAUUAAAUUUUACAUCUGUAUAUUGUUUGCCUGUAAUUUUUUUUUUAAUUUUUGAAAGUGAUAUUUUUGUUCUUGUUCAAAUACUAUAAACAUAAUAUGUAUGUACAUUUACGCUAAACAGUACUUCUUAGCGGCAAUCAAUUUUUGUCAAACUCAGCAAACAAUUAUCCUUUCAGUGGACGUUUAUUAUUGUUAUACAUGGCAAUAUUCUCAUCUGUCACCACCUUGUGCAGAAAUGAGCAUCCCAUAAUUCCUCUUUCGUAAAUGGAGUAUUGUUUGUAAAUUAUUUUUAAUUUAAUUUGUUUUUAAUUUGAAAAAAAGGAUGUAUUUUUACUAUUUUAGCUGUUAUAAAAAUACAUUAAUAAAUAAUUAGCAUAAAAAU